CCUCAAACCCGCACCUCCCGGGAGGAAAGGGCUUCGGGGUCCUUCUAAAAUCCCACCCACGCCCCCAGGGCCCUUCUGCAGCUGCAGGAGAGGGCAGCAGAAUGAAUGAACUUCUGGUUUCUGAAGGAGGUGGGGAGAGAGAGAGACGGGAAACUAACUCUGCCAGAAACUGCUGUAUUUGGAAUUUCCUUCUUCCCCUGCUCUCCACCACAAACCACUGAGAUGUGGGCACCCCUUGCCUGGCAGAGAAUCAGCUGGAAAUGAGCUCCCCGAGGCGAGAGGGCUGUGCUCCUUCCCCUGGUCGGACGCUGUGAGCAAAGCAGCGCAUGCAGAAUAGCAGGCUGCUGAGGGGCCAGCGAGAGUGGACCACACCGGCCUGAGUCACUGCACUGUCCACCAGAGUCAACCUGCUCUGAAACUGAGAGGAACUUUUAUUGCCAUCAGCUGCCGAGUUUUUCUCCUGAUUGCAGCGCGUCUGGAAACACAGGUGCACCCACCGCCCCCAGCAGGAACAUCUGGGCCAUGCCAGUGCCUUCGGGAGACGGGGGCCUGGGCCUCGGACUCCAUCGCUGUGGCUCCUAUAGCCCCCUGAGCCCGCCCUCGCCGGGCCCUCUGGAGACGCGGGCAGCCAAGGGCCUGUACUACGGCCGGGCCCGGAGGCUGGGCGCCGGGGAGGCGGCCCCCGAGGCGGACCUGAGGAAGGAGGUGCUGGUGAACGUCGGGGGGCGCCGGUUCCUGCUGCCCUGGAGCACGCUGGACGAGUUCCCGCGCAGCCGCCUGGCCCAGCUCCGGCUCUGCCGCAGCCGCGAGGAGGCGGGCCGGCUGUGCGACGACUUCGACGAGGACCGCCAGGAGUUCUUCUUCGACCGCAGCCCCAGCGCCUUCGGUGCCAUCGUGAGCUUCCUGGCGGCCGGCAAGCUGGUGCUGCUGCAGGACACGUGCGCGCUGUCCUUCCGGGAGGAGCUGGCCUACUGGGGCAUCGACGAGCGCAGCCUGGAGCGCUGCUGCCUGCGCCGGCUGCUGCGCACGCUGGAGGAGGCGGCCGAGCUGCGCCGCGAGGAGGCCCUGCAGCGGCAGCGGCAGCGCGAGGCCCACCCGGCGGGGCGCGGCUCGCGCUGGGCGCUCUGCAUGGACCAGCUGGGCGAGAUGGUGGAGAACCCGCGGUCGGGGCUGCCCGGGAAGGUCUUCGCCUGCCUCUCCAUCCUCUUCGUGGCCACCACGGCCGUCAGCUUGUGCGUCAGCACCAUGCCCGACCUCAGGGCGGAGGAGGACAAGGGCGAAUGCUCCCACAAAUGCUACUACAUCUUCGUGGUGGAGACUGUCUGCGUGGCCUGGUUCUCCCUGGAGUUCUGCCUGCGGUUUGUCCAGGCCCGGAACAAGUGCCAGUUCUUCCAGGGGCCCCUGAACAUCAUCGACAUCCUAGCCAUCUCCCCAUACUACGUGUCGCUGGCCGUGUCCGAGGAGCCCCAGGAGGACAGCGAGAGGCCGCCCGGUGGGAGCUCGUACCUGGAGAAGGUGGGGCUGGUGCUGCGCGUGCUGCGGGCGCUGCGCAUCCUCUACGUGAUGCGCCUGGCCCGCCACUCGCUGGGGCUGCAGACACUGGGCCUCACGGUGCGUCGCUGUGCGCGUGAGUUCGGCCUGCUGCUCCUCUUCCUGGCCGUGGCCGUCACUCUCUUCUCCCCUCUGGUCUAUGUGGCGGAGAAUGAGUCUGGCCGAGUCCUGGAGUUCACCAGCAUUCCUGCCUCCUAUUGGUGGGCCAUCAUCUCCAUGACUACGGUGGGCUACGGGGACAUGGUCCCCCGCAGCGUGCCAGGCCAGAUGGUGGCCCUCAGCAGCAUCCUGAGCGGGAUCCUCAUCAUGGCCUUCCCAGCCACGUCCAUCUUCCACACCUUCUCCCACUCCUACCUGGAGCUCAAGAGGGAGCAGGAGCGGCUGCAGGCCCGGCUCCGCCGCCUCCAAAACACCACCUCCGCCAGCGAACAUGAGCUCCUCACCGACAUGGACGACCUCAUGCCCGAGGGCCCCUCCUUGCCCAUCCCCCAAGUGUAGCUCGGAAGCCUCCUGGAUGCACCCCAUCGCUCCAACCCAUCGCUCUUGGCUGGAGCUCCAGAACCCUGGGGGUAGAACACCUGCCGGCAGGUCUCCAGAGCUCUGGAGAGCCUCCCAAGCAAGCAGGGGCGCCAAAGACGUCUGCGGGUGCCAUCCUCGGUGGUCCUGGCCUCCAGAUCCAGGCCAGCCUUCCCCCGCCACCUGCCUUCUCCUCUCCUGCCCACCUGCUGAGCGCAGCCCAUCCUGCUGCGUGGGGUCCAUUUCCCUGCCUUCUCUCUUCUUCCCAGCAGUCUCUAGCUUCCCACUCUGGGACUUGACCCACAGAACUGGUUGCCAUUGGCCGUUGAAUGUGAAGCCUGCAGAAUUCCCUUCUUCCCUAUGACCUGCUUUCUUGGUCCGCAUCACCCCUGGAAAGGAGAGGGUCCUGGCACUGAAACCCUUCUGCCAGAUCCCCGCCCAGCCCCACCUGGUUCCAGGGGGCCCACAUGCUCUCUGCUUAACCUCUGCCGGCGGUUUUCCCAAGCAGCUGCCCCCCACUUGAAAGCUCUGCACCAAGAAGGCAGAACUGGCUUCUUCGCAGUAGCCCCGCCAUGGGCUGGUGGCUGCACCACUGGCCAGCAGGGUACAGCAAGCCCUCCUUGGCUGGCAACGCUCUUAGUGGGACGUUCUACAGUCCCCAGCCCUCAGCCACAACAGAGGCCGACUCUCCCAGGGCUCGGCGAUGUCUGCUGGUGGUUCCUCCAGCCCUGCAGGGACCUCAGGUCUCCAAGCUCAGCCGAGACGUGGGAGCACAGAGCAGAUGCAGUGCAGGGAAGAGCGGCCAGGGCCGACCCCAGACCAGCUGGCUGCCCAGGCCAGGCCAUGAGGACCAGCGUUCUGUUUAUAUUUAGAUAUGUGUGUUCCUCUGUUGAUUUGUCAGCAGAGUCGCCUUUUGCAUCAGCAGAGAAGGCAGGCAUAGGGCCGCGUUGCUGGGGGAAGGCCAGGGGUCCCGAGACCAAUAGGAAAAAAACAAGGACCUGUGAGCAGUGGGUGCCUAAUGGCUUCACAGGGGCACAGACGGGGUUGAAUGUCCAGGGGCCUUUGGGGGACAAAGCUGGGAAGGUGGGCUGAGAUCUGCAGCGCUCCGCAGAGAUCAAAGCAUGGUGGACAGACAGUGAGGACGACGACAGUGGUCGAAGUGGGGUGAGAACAGACUGAAGCAGAGACGAAGCAGUUAAAGCAAGACCCGCAGGCGACCUCCUCCGUGGAACUGACCACACCGUCACGUCACGCCUGGAGCCUCUUGUCUCCCAGCAGAGCACACCUAGAAGACGUCCCGGUGGACUCCCAGGAGCGGCAUGCUGCUCCUGGUUGGCCCUAAGUCCCCUGGAAAAGUGCUUGGACACAGAUGGGCGUCCGUGCAGUGUGCAGGGGCCUACGGGUGCUGCACAGCUCGCAGAGGAGAGCCGUCAGCACCUCAUCCCCGAUGACAGGUCCCUUGCUGUCACUCCUUCCACUAUAUUUAGCCAAGGCCUCUCUGUGCCAGGCACAGGUUCCCCGACUGUGAUCCACAGCUGACUCUGGCCCAGGGAGCGCCAGCAUUGAGGCUGAAGGGGGUCUUGGCCUUGUGUGGGGCCGUCCAGUCUUUGGCUCCUCCAGAUGUCCUCCAGCUGGUGCAGGCAGGGGUCUGCAAACCUUUAGACCCCAACAGGCAGUGGGUCACCCCCCGCUUUCCAAGCUGACGUUUCUCCAAUUAAGUUCUUUCAUGGUGACACAGGCCGCCACAUAAAGGAAGUCUCUACAUCCUGGAAGACCUACUUCUUAGGGGCCACUCUGCUCUGGGAAGUGGCUGGCAAAAUUUCGUGGGUAUUUGGUCAUGUUCUGGGACACCUUGAACAUAGCUGCAUAAGUCUUUUGCCCCAGGCUAAUUUUUUUUUUUUAUAACUACUCUUGGGCAAAUUUUUUAAAAGCCAAAGGUUCCCACUUACUCUCUUCCUGGGGGCCAGACAACUUGGGUGCCUCCUGGGGCCUGGACUUUUCACUCCCUCUGUGACUUUGGGGCAUCCUCCUUUCCUUGCUGUCAACGGCAGGGUCGGUCUAGAUCCUUGGUGUUCUGACUGGAGUUCCACAGACCACCUUCAGGUCUCCCACGGUAAAGAAGGUUGGCCAAGGGGCUGGGCUGGGGCUCAGUGGUAGCACACUUGUCCCACAUGUGUGAGACACUGGGUUCAAUUCUCAGCACCACAUAGAAAUAAAUGAAUAAAAUAAAGGUACAUCAACAACUAACAGAAAAAAUAUAUAUAUAUAAGAAGAAGGUUGGCCAAGCAGGCAGAACUCUGCAAGCCAGGGCACAACCGUGGCGAUUGAUGUUUAGAAUAACGCAUGAGUCUCUAGACCCCUCUCUGCUCCAGUCAGUGCCUGUCCACAGCCCCUCGCAAUGAGGUGCCCUGGAACCAGAGAAAAACUCUCAACAGCCCCAGGAGACCUGGGGCCCCAGAAAGCCCCUGUGUCUGCCCUCCUCUCCUGCCUGAGGACCAUGCGUAUGCUGUGUGCCUGGUGCAAUAAUUUCUAGCUGCAGCUCUGCUCAUCAUUGUGACUGGCUCCCACCUAGAGGUCUCCACUGCCCUUCAUCUGCCUACCAGGCAUCUCCACCUAAGUGUGCCAAGGCUAAAGGAAAAGUGAAAGCCCAGCAUUAGAUGAGCCACCAUCAACACCGUGAGGUUCUCUCAUGACUCUGCACAUGCCUGGUUGAAAUUCUCUACUGAAUUUGAGGUGGUAAAUUGCAAUCAGUUGCUUGCAUGUGGGGCUUAAUUAAAGGCUCUAUUUUUACCUAGGUUAUGUCCCAGGAGAUGGUCUAAAGUACCUUCACCUGCCCUUGCUCAGCAGCCUCUCUUACUGACUGGGUGCAGUGGGAGUAACCAGCAAGUUGUAGGCAGCUUCUCCUUCCCCGCUGGCUGAGAGGAGCCUGUGAUUUCCAGAGGGCUCCUUCUCUCUGGGGCCAAGGGGUGUGACUGUAGCCAAAGGUGGACAUUGUCCUGCUGACCGCAAAGAGAAACAACAUUUACUUCAAGACAUUUUCAGGUGGUCUCUGUCUAUGGACAUGGUUCCUGGAGAGGGCUUCCAUUUGGUUCAACGUCCUUCUAGCUGAAUGGAGUCCAAGCAGCACAGAGGGAGGGUGAGUUUAUUCUUCAAUGGGUUGAAAGGGAUUCAAGUGGGGCUUGACCAGGAAGUGUUCCAGGGACCCACUGACUCUAUUUUGAUGGCUCCUAGGACUUAAGAGUUUGGUGGCUUGAAAUUCCAUCAGACAACAAUUAGUUCAAGCAGGGAGUUUCCACGGGGGCCCAGAGGGGUGGACUUCUUGGGAUGAUGUGCAUUUCAAAGUACAGAGUAUCCACUGAGUUCACCAGUUACUCAAAGGAAUCAAAAAGAAUGAAGAACUCUAAAGUAAAUCAACUCCCUUAUUAAGAUGGAGAGACAAAGAGAGGGAAAACCACCUGCCCAAGGCUACACAGCCAGCUCAUGGAGUCAGCUCCACGUAUCCUGAUUCCCAGCAGAGCACCCUCUGAGGGGACCCUGCUGCAGCUACCGGGCUGGCAGGCCCUGUUGUGCAGAGCAGAAUAAGCAGUGUAGUCCCGCGCAUUGUGCCACCGUGGACCUGGCCGUCCAUUUCUCUGGCCCUUCUUUCCUCACUUAUUCCACGGGGAUGAUGCAGGAGAAGGCCGCGGAAGUCCUUCCAGCUGGGGGCUGCUGUGAUUCUGGGAAGAGGGGCGGGAGGGAGCUGAGAAGGAACCAGCUGUGGACACAUCCCUGGCCACAGAGUGGCUCCUUUGGCAAAGUGGCGAGUGGCUCAGGUCUGAGUGGGUCCAGGGAAAUCUCUGCCCGCAUCUGCCACCAGCUCCUGUCUGCCCACCUGGUGCCACACACACAAAUUGCCUGGC